UUUCCCACUAUGAUUGGAAGAGGGGGAGACUUCGCAUCUGGCUGGAUGCCUGUAUGAGCAUCUUCUUCGUCCCCCUCAUUUGAUGCCUCACUGAUAUCACUCCAAAUCCUGAGUCGUCCAUGACGGCUCCACCCACCUGAGCAGCACGCAAGCUCUCCCCACCACCACCACCACCACCAGCAGCAGCCAAGAGCAGCAAGAACAAGAGCUUGGCCCUCUACUUCUUUUGCAAGGUCAGCUGCAUCGAUUCAACUGUACUCCUCCCUCUACUUUGCUGGUGCAGUUUGCAGGAAUAACAAAUAGGAAGGAGAGGAAGUGCAAGUACCUAACAUACAGACUGCACGCAAGUACGUACUCAACUACAGAAAGGGACGAAGGAGAGGUGGGACACUAUCCAGGAGAGGACUCUACGUCUCUGGUUUAUUUUAAUAUCAAUCUAAUCUAACAGCUUAUAAUAUUGCACCCAUUAAUUUAAGUGAAAAUCAAUAGAUGAAUGUUUCUUUUUUUUCUUAGAAUUUUUACGAUUUUCCCUAAUUUAUUAGAGCGUCACAUGGCAGUCUAAGAGUGUUUUAAGGAAGUUUCGUGGUUUUUUAGUAUAUAAUAAUACAUAGAAUAAUUUGUGCUUUAUUGUGACUAUGAGAUCUUGAUGCGAUUCAUUUGGAUCCUGAAUUAUUGUUGUUAGUCCUUGUCCUUGACAAAUAUUAUUGUUACUUACAUAUAUUGAGUGAGUUUGGCUAGCAACGGUACCUGACUAGUGACUACCUGAUAACUGUAUUUAUGUCCUCUAUUUAAUAGUUAAGCAGUUUCAACAAUUAUUCAGUUUUGCAUUCAUUCAAAGCUCUGCCUUAUGUGUAAACAUGCCAUGUCUUAGUGAUCCAUCUGGAAUGGAGUUCGCUACAGGGGUAAUGAGCACGCUUCUUUCCAAGCUAGCGGAGCUGCUCAAGGAACAAUAUGAUCUGCAGAAGAGUGUGAAGGAGGGGGUAACAUUUCUCAUGGCUGAGCUCAAGAGCAUACAAGCUGCACUUGAAAAGGUCUCAAAGGUGCCGCUAGACCAACUUGAUGAGCAAACCAAGAUCUGGGCUUGGGACAUUAGGGAGUUGUCCUAUGACAUGGAGGACAACAUUGAUACCUUCAUGCUACGUGUGGAUGGUCUUGAGCCAGCCAAGAAACAUAAUUUCACAUGCUUAGUUGACAAGUGCCAAAAGUCUUUGUCCAAGAUAAAGAUCUGCAACAAAAUAGCCAAUGAAAUUAAAGAUAUCAAGAGCCAAGUAAAGGAGGUGAUGGAACGACGCGAUAGGUACAAGAUUGAUGAUGUCGCUACUAACCUUUCAACAUUUGUGGAUCCUCGCAUCUUAACAUUAUAUGGGAAUGUCACGAAGCUUGUUGGGAUUGACAAGGCAAGGGAUGAUCUAAUGAAGAGAUUGUCUGUGGGGGAUGAAGCGCUCAAGAAGCUCAAGAUGGUCUCUGUUGUCAGAAUUGGAGGAUUGGGCAAGACAACUCUUUCCAAAGUAGUGUUUGACAUGCUUAAAUUGCAAUUUGAUUGUGCUGCUUUUGUUCCUGUCGGUCAAAGCCCUGAAAUCAAGAAAGUCCUAAAGGACAUUCUAGUUGAACUUAACAAGCAAAAGUACAUGUCAUUUGAUGUUACCGCAGUAAGUGAAAGGCAUAUGAUUAAUGAGCUUCGAGAAUACGUUGACAAUAAGAGGUACUUGAUUGUUAUUGAUGAUGUAUGGGACACAUCAAAAUGGAACAUUAUUAAAUGUGCUCUGAUUGAUAGUAAUUGUGGAAGCAGAGUAAUCACAACAACUCGUAUUUGUCAAGUUGCCAGUGAAGUUGCUGAAGAAUUUGGUGGUGUUUACAUUAUGGAACCACUUUCUGAUGACAACUCAAAAAAGUUAUUCUACAGUAGAAUAUUUGGUUCUACCUACAAUGGUUCAACUGGUAAUCAAUCGGUCGAGGCAACCGAAAAGAUCUUAAAGAAAUGUGGUGGCAUACCACUAUCUAUAAUUACAAUAUCUAGUUUGUUAGUUGAUAAACCUGUAGGAGACUGGUCUGCAAUUUACGACUCUAUUGGUUUUAGGACUAGAGAUCAAAAUGAGGCAGUUCAGAACACAAGGAAGAUAUUGUCUUUUAGCUACUAUCACUUGCCCACAUACCUAAAGACAUGUAUGUUGUACCUGAGCAUAUAUCCAGAAGAUCAUUUGAUUGGAAUGGAUACUUUGAUAUGGAAGUGGGUAGCCGAAGGCUUUAUCCAGGAGGAACAAGAUAAGGAGUUAUUUGAGGUCGGCAAGAGGUACUUUAUUGAUCUUAUCAAUAAAAGCAUGAUCCAGCCAAUAGAGGAAGAGGGCAGUGUGUUUGGCUGCCGCAUACAUGACAUGGUAUUAGAUCUCAUCCAAAACAUAACAGCCGAAGGAAACUUCGUAAAAAUAUUCAAGAAACUACAUGAGGUGUGCAGGCUGUCUUCACAGAGGACUAAUGUUCGUAGGAUAGCACUGCACGACAAUUGGAACCAACUCAAAAACAAUGACCUGGACGUUGCCCUGACACAAUUGAGGUCAUUCAAUGCCAUCGAGUGUACUAUCAGCAUGAUGCCCUCUCUUCUGAGCUUCCAGGUUCUACGCGUGCUAGAGCUACAAGGCUGUAACGUCACGGGAGGUUUAUACCUCAAGCAUAUCGGAAAGCUACGUCAGUUGAGGUACCUAGGUAUGAAAGACACACGUGUUGCUGAGCUUCCGAUGGAAAUAGGGGAUCUCGUGCACCUGCAAACACUGGAUGUUCGUUACACAGGCCUGAAGGAACUGCCGUCAACCAUUUGUAAGCUAAGCAAGCUGAUGCGGCUGUGCGUCGCUGGAGGAAUGAGCGUGCCGAUGGGUGUUGGGAAUCUGAGUUCACUGCAAUACCUAAAGUUGGGCUGGGAUUCCAUCAAAAGUAACAAAUACUUUGCCAUGGAGGUCGGCAAGCUGAUGGAGCUGAGAAUCCUCAACAUUUGUGUAGAUAACGAGAUUGACGAGAGCAUGAAGAAGGCUUUGCUAGAAUCACUGUGCGGCUUGCGUAAACUCCAGAACCUGGUGAUAGAUUUUGACUUGAUAUUUUGGAAUACGAUGAGCGUCUGGGAAGGCUGGGACCAUUGGGAGCCCCCGCGUCAGCUCCGUGAUUUCCAUAUAUCCAGCAUGUACCUGCCUCGGCUGCCGGCAUGGGUGAACCCCAUGUGCAUCCCAUACCUAUCCGAUCUGCAACUUUAUGUGAUAGCCAUGGAAGCACGGGACCUGGACAUGCUUGCAAGGAUGCCAGCACUCCGCACACUCAUCCUAAGAACCCGGCAGAGAAUUUCGUGGACAGUUGGUGGUACCGGACUGUUUCCGAACCUGAGAUUCUGUGAGAUGAACAUAGCACUCACAUUUCUUCAAGGAGCCAUGCCGAUGCUCACGGAGCUUCAAUUCGAGCUGUGGGCCGCUGAAGAUGGUGCCGCCGCUGGUGAUGUUGGCUUGGGGCAACUCCCUCUGCUCAAUUACAUUGGGCUUCUCCUCAUGUGCACCGGUGCGACGGGCAGGCAGGUGGAGGAAGCAGAGGUGGCGUGGAGGCGCAUGGUGAAUGCUCACCCGAACCGUCCUGCCACUGUUGUGCAUCGAAUUGGAAGCACCUGAUGAAAGAAGGUGAUGAUGAUGAGGAGAUUUCAGCUAGCUAAGGAUCACAUUGACGAGAAUGGUGACGACGAGAAUUCAGCAUAUUUGGACCAAGAGGUGCUGCACUUGCAUGUGUCGUGCAUACCUAUUCGAUCCUGGUCACGCGAUAUUACAUGAUUUACUGACCAUUGGUUAAUUUGUUGCCUGUUUCUAUCAAAUGGUAGAGGGGGAGAUAUACUGUGAAUGUUGACACAUUGUAUAGAGCCUUUAGGGGACCGGUAUAUAUAAGGAAGCCUACGAUACAAAUCAAUCAUAUCCUAAUAAAUACAUCUCUGACUACCAUAUA